CAGGAACUAAUAAUCUAGUCUACCGCGACUUCGCGCGUCAAUCACCUUUUAACGAGUCUCCCCGCAAGACUAUGUUCCUGCGCAUCCUCAGCGAAUAAAAUGCCUUCCCAACAAGAUGACAAGCGGCAGGCUGCGAGAGAAGUCAUUGAUAUCUUACACGAAAUCUCCACGUUGCUGAAUACACAUCUCGAUCGAACCGAGCUUUCUCUUUGUGUGUCGCUAAUCGAGAAUGGCGUCAAUCCAGAUGCGCUUGCGGCGGUCAUCCAAGACUUGAGAAAAGCAGCCCCCGCAUCCGCAGCAAGACGAGGUCUACCUGGCAGAGCGGACUGAGGAUGGUGAUUUUGGGGAGAAUAUGGACUUUGGACGGUUGGGUUUUAUGACGCUACGAACACUAUUUAUUUCCAAUGAGAGAUACCCAUUUCAGUCUUCUUGUAAGGCCCAGAAUCCGUAUGG